AUGUCAAGUAUUGGUAUUGAUUUAGGUACAACUUAUUCCUGUGUUGCAGUUUAUCAAAAUGGCAAAGUUGAGAUUAUUGCAAACGAUUCUGGUAAUCGUACAACACCAUCUUAUGUUGCUUUUAAUAGCCAAGAGCGUUUAAUUGGUGAUGGAGCAAAGAACCAAGUGGCCAUGAACCCAGAGAAUACGGUCUUUGAUGCAAAGAGAUUAAUUGGUCGUAAAUUUUCGGAAAAAGAGGUUCAAAGUGAUAUGAAGCAUUGGCCUUUUAAAGUUGUACAAAAAGAAGGUGACAAGCCUUAUAUUCGUGUUCAAUAUAAAGAAGAAACCAAAGAUUUUACACCAGAGGAAAUUAGCUCGAUGGUUUUAUCUAAAAUGAAAACUAUUGCCGAAGAUUAUCUUGGUAAAACUGUUGAUAAGGCCGUAAUUACUGUUCCUGCUUAUUUUAAUGAUGCACAACGUCAAGCUACCAAAGAUGCCGGUACAAUUGCCAAUUUAUCUGUACAACGUAUUAUUAAUGAACCUAGCGCUGCUGCUAUUGCUUAUGGUUUGGAGAAGGUUAAAGAUGGGGAAAAGAAUAUUUUAAUCUUUGAUUUGGGUGGUGGUACAUUUGAUGUUUCCGUUUUAACAAUUGACGAUGGUGUAUUUGAGGUUCGUGCAACAGCUGGUGAUACUCAUUUGGGCGGUGAAGAUUUUGAUAACCGUCUUGUCAAUCACUUUGUCGAAGAGUUUAAAAGAAAGCAUAAAAAAGAUAUUAUGUCAAACCAACGUAGUCUUCGUCGUUUAAGAACAGCUUGUGAACGUGCCAAAAGAACUCUUUCAUCAUCUACCCAGGCUUCAGUAGAAAUAGACUCUUUAUUUGAUGGUAUUGAUUUCUACACAUCUAUCACAAGAGCUCGUUUUGAAGAGCUUUGUUCCGACCUUUUCCGUAAAUGUAUUGAGCCUGUUGAAAUAGCUAUUAAAGAUUCGAAACUAGACAAGAAGUCAAUCCAUGAAGUUGUUUUAGUUGGUGGCUCAACACGUAUUCCAAAGGUCCAGCAGCUAUUACAAGACUUUUUCAAUGGUAAAGCUUUAAACAAAUCGAUUAACCCAGAUGAAGCUGUAGCCUAUGGUGCAGCUGUCCAAGCAUCAAUUCUUUCCAACGACGAUGACAGGGUCAAAGGUUGUGUUUUCUUAGAUGUUGCACCAUUAUCUUUGGGUUUGGAAACUGCUGGUGGUGUUAUGACAACUCUUAUUCCACGUAAUACUAUAAUUCCAUGCAAAAAGAAGCAAACAUUCUCAACUAACGCUGACAACCAAAAUGGAGUUUUAAUUCAAAUCUACGAAGGUGAACGUGCAAUGACUAGAGAUAACAACAAGUUGGGUACUUUUGAAUUAAGUGGAAUCCCACCGGCCCCUCGUGGUGUGCCCCAAAUUGAAGUCCAGUAUGAUGUUGAUGCGAAUGGAAUUUUAAAUGUUACUGCUGUUGAAAAGGGAACAGGAGAGACUAAGAAAAUCACCAUCACUCGUGAUAAGAAUAACAUUUCUCUUGCUGAUAUUGAAAAGAUGGUCCAAGAAGCCGAGAGAUUUAAAGAAGAAGACAAAACCAUGCGUGAAUUGAUAGAAUCUAAGAACAAACUUGAAAACUAUGCAUACACCGUUGGCAACUCUAUUAAAGAUGAUAAUAUCUCUUCAAAACUAUCCCAGGAUGAUAGGGCUACAGUUGAAAGUGCACUUGAAAAAGCAUUAACAUUUGUUAACCAGUCAAGCUUGAAUGCAAGUAAAUCUGAAUAUGAAAAUGAAAUGAAGAAAUUGGAAUCUAUAGUCAAUCCAAUAAUGACAAAAUUGUACCAACAAAACCCAAAUUAUGAAAAUAACCCAAGUUAUGAAAAAAACCCAUCUUCAACUGAAGAAGAAUUGGAUUAA